UAUAUUCCAAAAUCACCCAAAAUUUGAAGUUGGUGUCCCCUUUCCCUUUUCCCUCUAUUCUCUCCUUUGUAUUUGUAUAGUUCAGUUCUGUGGUUGCCGACGCAACGUCUAUCGCACACACGCAUCGCUCUUCACUCUCUCACUCUCACGGAGAGCGCCAGAAAGAUCGCAAAUGCAAGACAUUUUCGGAUCAGUUCGCAGAUCACUGGUAUUCCGCGGUUCGCCGGAGAGCGAUGAGACCUCGCUCGGAGUCGGAGGAAGCCUCGUCGAUAAGAUCAGUUAUUGUAUACGAACUUCCAGAGUCUUCUCCAAACCCUCGCCGCCGUCGCCUUCGCCGUCUAUUCCUGAGGACGCUGCGCCUCCGAUCCGAUGGCGGAAAGGCGAGUUGAUCGGUUGCGGUGCCUUUGGCCAAGUCUACGUUGGAAUGAAUAUCGAUUCCGGAGAGCUUCUGGCGGUUAAACAGGUUUUGAUUGCGGCGAGUAGUGCUUCGAAGGAGAAGGCACAGGCUCACAUAAAAGAGCUAGAAGAAGAAGUUAAAUUACUUAAAGACCUUUCUCAUCCAAACAUUGUUAGAUAUUUGGGUACGGUCAGAGAAGAGGACACCCUAAAUAUUCUCUUGGAGUUUGUUCCAGGUGGAUCCAUAUCAUCGCUGUUGGGGAAGUUUGGGGCUUUCCCUGAGGCUGUAAUAAGAACCUACACGAAGCAGCUACUACUUGGACUUGAAUACUUGCACAAAAAUGGAAUCAUGCACAGAGACAUUAAGGGGGCCAAUAUUCUGGUAGAUAAUAAAGGGUGCAUAAAACUUGCAGACUUUGGGGCAUCCAAACAGGUCGUUGAGCUGGCAACCAUUUCCGGGGCCAAGUCCAUGAAGGGUACUCCAUAUUGGAUGGCUCCAGAAGUUAUUCUCCAGACCGGGCAUAGCUUCUCUGCUGACAUAUGGAGUGUGGGUUGUACCGUGAUUGAGAUGGCCACUGGAAAGCCUCCCUGGAGUCAGCAAUACCAACAAGAGGUUGCUGUUCUCUUCCAUAUAGGGACAACUAAGUCUCAUCCACCAAUCCCUGAUCAUCUUUCUGCUGCAGCAAAAGAUUUUCUGCUAAAAUGUUUGCAGAAGGAACCGGUCUUGAGGUCAUCAGCAUCAGAACUGCUGCAGCAUCCCUUUGUAACUGGUGAACAUAUGACUUCUCUUACUUUGUCAUCUAAUGUCACGGAAAAUUUUAUAGCUUCAUCACCAUCAUGUACCCCAAAUGAUGAAUCCAUCCUUUGCUCUUCAACAGUAAAUCCUCUGGACUCGGGAAAUAAACAAUUGUGGGGAAUGAGCAAUGAUGAUGAUGAUAUGUGUGUGAUUGACGACAAAGAAGAGUUCUCGCAUAAUGAUGUUAAAUACAAAUCACUGAUGUCAACUGAUAUUGAGAGUUUCAACCCAAUGUCUGAUCCCUCUGAUGAUUGGGGGUGUAAAUUUGAUGCAAGUUCAGAACUGGAAAAUCGAGAGGUCAAUUUUGUCACAGAUGAAAAUUACAUGCCACCUGAUCAGUCAGGGGAUGAUAAGGGGCAGCCAGAUUUUUCCUUUCCAGGUGUCCCAUCUCUUUCAGAGGAAGAUGAUGAACUCACAGAGUCAAAAAUCAAAGCCUUUUUGGAUGAGAAGGCUCUUGAACUGAAAAAGCUACAGACACCUUUAUAUGAAGAGUUUUACAACAGUUUAAAUACAUCUUGUUCUCCCAAUGUUGACAGGACAAGUGAUGAUACUGCUUCUCGAAAUUUUUUGAAAUUACCUCCUAAAAGCAGGUCACCUAAUCGAGUACCAAUCAGCACACCAUCUAAAGCCAUCGAUAAUACUGGAAGUCCUGGAAGUAAUGGCCAGUCCUCAUCUACUGUUGGCCAUGUAAAUAACCAUACUUCUCAGGAUAUUCCAGCAUCUCCCCUUAAUGAAUGGAAAGGAGUGAUAGUUGACUCUCAGCAGCAGCCUAGUAGCCCAAGUCUAAGCUUUUCUGAGAGACAGAGGAAAUGGAAAGAAGAGCUUGACCAGGAGCUUGAGAGAAAGCGAGAAAUGAUGCGUCAGGCUGGCAUGGGCGGAAAGACAUCUUCACCAAAGGAUCGAGCUUUACAUCGGCAGAGGGAGCGAACAAGAUUUGCUUCUCCCAGCAAAUAAGAAACUCGUUAGAGUGUUCAUGCUGCGUUAACUACUGAGAUUGCAAACACGUGUUACUGCAGUUUUCCUGAGGUCGUUAAUGUUAUAUAUCCAAUUGGGCCUUUUUGCCUUAUAAAAAAAAUCACAUGCUAAUCUUUGUCGUAUUGUUGUGCCAUGUAAAGCUUUUUAUACAUGCUUUACUUUGAAAAUUUUUACUUUUCUUUGGGGUUUUAGAGAUGCAUGGCCGUCAACUUUAUGCCCUUUUUGUAUUAUGAAAAUAGAAAUAAUCAGAACUAUGUGGCACAAGAUUGCCUAUGAAUCUGUUGCCACUUGUC